AUGGCUACAACUCUUAUACCUGUAAACAUGGCAAAAAAACUUGAUCGUGCUUUGAUGAGGUUUUGGUGGGGCUUUGAAACUCACCAACAACAUAAAUAUACUCCCAAGGCGUGGUCCUCUAUUUGCAUGCCCAAAUCUUUGGGUGGCUUAGGAAUCAGGCUUACAUCCCACUUCAACAAAGCCCUCCUGGGCAAAUUAGUCUGGCAUCUUAUUAGUAAUGAAUCAAGUGCAUGGAAAACAGCUAUUUUGAACAAAUAUAUGCCAAAUAGCGAUUGGGUGACUGUUAAGGCCAAAGACUCAGAUUCAAGAUUUUGGAAAUUCAUGAUAAAGCAAAAGGAUUUCAUCUUGUCCAGUGUACUCAUUCAAAUUAAUAAUGGCACUGCUACGCAUGUGUGGUCGGAUCCUUGGCUCCCUUCUCUACACCCCCUGAUUCCUACACCACAAAGUCCAGGUAUAUACCAUUAUCCAGAUCUUAGAGUUGCUGAAUUAACACUUGAAAAUCCUAGAAGAUGGAACAUGCUUCUUUUGAACACUUUGUUCUCUCCUGCAACAAUUGCUGCAAUACAAAGCAUUCAUCUUUCUCAAUAUCAAUUCCAUAAUAUCAAUGAUCUGCCCAAAUGGAAACAUCACUCUUCAGGCAAUUACAGUGUAAAGUCUGCUUAUGCAGCUUUAGUUCUUAACACAAAUACAAUUGCACCUGAUAUCAUUUGGAAGAAAUUGUGGGAUGUCAAAUUACAAGAUCGAUUGAAGCUUUUCCUAUGGAAAGUUUAUAAUGAAAUUCUUCCCACUCAACUCUCUCUUAGUCACUGCCUCCCACUCACAGAAAAUCAGGUUCUCUGUUCUCUUUGUCAUAUGGAAAAUGAAAAUCUGGAUCAUCUCUUUCUCAAUUGCAUUUUCUCUAGAUUUUUGUGGAGAAAUGCUCCAUGGCCACUAGAUAUAACUUGCUUCACACAAGCUGGUAUAAGGAACUGGGUUAAUAUUAUCCUAAAUCCAUCAGACAAACUACAGAUUUCUGCUUCUGAAGUUCAUAACUUUCAGCUUUUCUCCACAUUAGCUAUGGAUACUUUAUGGUUUAUACGGAAUCAGACCACACAUAAUAUUGCAAACCAUACAAUCCACUACUUCAUAACAAAAACGCAGGAACUAUACAGAGAACAUGCCAAGGCUUGGGAGAUGGAACCAAUCGAAUCACAGCAUAGUUGGAGACCCCCUGAAUCCGAGGAUACCUUCUCCAUCACCUUUGAUGUGGCAGUUAGAAACAAUAGCAGCACCUCACUGGCAGUAUGCAGAAAUAACCAGGGCACCUUCCAAUUUGUUGUUGCACAAAACAAUCGGCAUGUUGAUCCAAACCUCGGGGAAGCAACGGCUGCCUUCAUAGGUGUCCAAGAGGCAUAUACAAGACAGAUUGCUAAAGUUGUUCUUCAAGGAGACUCUCUAAAUACCAUUCGAUCCAUCAAUAAUCCUCAUAAGGCCAUCAAUUGGGAAAUAGAAGGGGUUGACAUGGUCAUAAUACUAGUGACAACAGGGCAAAUGGGUGUUUUGCCCAGACAUGUACCUAUAAUUGCAGAGCUAAAGCCUAGAAUCCUAUCAGUGCACGAAGGAAUUGAUGUGACAAUGUAUUUACUAAGCAGAGAGUUUGCUUUUAUCCAUGUUAAAUCUGUUGUUGAUAUAGUCACUAUAGAGGGGACACAAGAUGUCAGAAGUAGGUGGGAGUUGGAGGCGAGAGGCUAUGUUGCUUUUUGUACGAAGGGAGUUCCAGUUGAUUUCCCAAAAUGCAAUGUGUUGAGGAGGGACAAGGCUGUCUGGGGGAGCGUUGUUGCUGAUGAAGGCAGUGGAUUUGCUAUUGUUGAUGCUUUGAAGGACUUCAUCCAUGGCCCUAAUUCUCUAUCCAUUGCUGAGAAUGGCUCUUAA